ACCUCUGGUUAAGAUUAAAGCUAAUCAGCUCCGUUUUCUUUCUUUACUCCGAGGCAUGGGGAAGGCUGGAGAGGAGGGGAUGAGUUUGCACAACUGGCAAAUAAAGUUGUUUUGCAGCGUUGGGAAGGUGACGUGAGUGCAAGAUAGGAGGAGAAGGACCCUGCAGGAAAAGAGGCUCAGGAGCUAAAGAAAUAAGCGGGGGCCACACGGAAUUCAUGGGCGGCCGAGGGGGAGGCGACGCAGGGUGCAGAAAAGGAGGAGGUUUUCCUCGCCAGCAUCGCUGUACAUCCAUAUGCCACUCAACUGUCUUUCUCUCUGCCCUGUGGAUUCCCUCUGGCAGGAAGUGCCCACAUGCUUCCAAUCUUGCACGUUCAUGGGCAUCUCCUGGUUGGUCCUGCCCUUCUCCAUCUUCCUCUCCAUCCUUCCCGUGAUCUUUGCCUCUUCCCUCCCCUUCUUGGAUGGGGCUGGUCGUCGCUGCCUUCCCUGCACUGCCCCCUCUCAGGACCACCCAUCAUUUCCUUGGAGUCCCCCCACUCCGCCUCUCCACUCUGCCUAACCUCUUCCCUCCAUGAUGCCUCCUGAGAUGCCACCUGGAGGACUGAGAGGGAAGGAGAUGGGGGGAGGAGAAGAGUUGCCACCACACGCCUGACCAUCUGACUGGUACAUCAAAGAAAAGCAGUGCAAACUGUGGCCAUCACACACGGUGUGAACGCAUCCAUCUUCCCCCGAUGUUUGUCCUCUUCUGCAGGACUUACCCUUGGGACGCUUGAUGGCUUCCUCAUUCUUUGCUGGUUAAGCAGACACCUGCUGUAGACCAUCGAGAUGGGGGAAAGCGUGUUUCUCAUGAAGUUGAAAGGAAACUGAGUGUGGUACUGAGUGUUUGUGGGCAGCAAUGCUGCUUCUGAAGACUGGUCUUCUGUGGUGGUGUUGAGGAAGCGGAUUCGUCCAGCCGGGCCUCAGCUGCCCUGCGACGGCGACCAAAAGGAACAACGGGGGCAUUCAGCUUUGUGUAGCCCUAAAUUGUAACAGGGAGCUUGAGCAGUGGAAAUGGCAGAAAUAUGCACAGUCAUGUGAGGAGUGAAGAAGAGCCCAGUGGAGGAGGUAAAGGUGGAACGGCUCUCCAGAGGUGCCCUGUCAGCGAAGCUGCAGGGGCGUUUAGCACCUGGGAAGAGCCCUGCUCUUUAUCACGUCCCGCAAGAGCGUCUUCCAUAAAUUAAUCAUGUGUUUUGUGCCCUGUUUUGGCAGUCUCUCUUCCUGGCUGACCUGAGCUCUAGAAGACGUCUCGCUGCUCCUUUCUUCCUCCUCCUCCCCUCCCCCAGGCACAAUUUUAUAAGCCGCUUCCUUAUUUCCUAGCAGUCUUUUCUGAGUUAAAUGCCCCCAGUGGAAGUUGUCGCUCCUUAUAACGGUGCCUCCCCUGCUGAUAAUUUUGCCUUCCAUUUUUGGUAUUUUCACCAGGGCUGUCAUUGGCUGUUGAAUAAAUUUGCAACGAUCGACAUCUUUUUACAACUGCAUUUUGAAAAAAGUACUCGGUAUCGAUACAAGCUGGAUAUAUUGGCUGAAAUUGGUAGGAACGGGCAGGAUGAUUAAUCCUGCGAUGCCUGGAAUGUGUGAUGGCCGCUUGCGCUCUCAUCCUUCUCCCAAAUUGGAGGUUUUAUAGGUCUCGAUCUGGAUGCGAUGUGCAGCAGGGCCCUUUCAGAGUUUCUGCCCAUUAAUCUCCUUAACCUCGCCAUCUGUUGCCAUCGGUGUGGGAUGAUAAUAGGACUGAUGGAGCGCUUACACAGUUGCCAUUGCUCUGCACCGGCCUGGCAAAACGUGCAGCCCUCACACCACAGUUGGAGCUGGCAGGCCGUCGGGUGCUUUGGCCUGCAGUUCCCAUGGUCCUUCAUCAUUGGCCGCGUGGGCCAGGGCUGAUGGAACUGGUGGGCCACAGAGUUGGGAGCUCCACGGGUUCCCACUGCAUGCUGCACUUCCAGUGCCAUAAAACAAGACGGGUCCAACCUGCUGCGAGUCGGGACUCGCGUUCACCCACAAACAAUAGCGUUUGAAGGAAAGCAAUGGUAGAUCUUGGAGGAACACGCUCAAGCCCGGCAGUAGGGGUUGGACUUGCAGGCUGGCUUCUGGCUUGUGUGGGGUGGAAGGCUAGCGAUGAGGUUCUGUGGGAGCAAAGGCCAUUUCUGGCCACUCGUGGGGCUGACCAACUGCAUCGCUUCAGUCAAGGCCGUUUCCUGCGUCGAGGAGUGACCUCAAGAUGGUUUUCCAUGUCCGCAUCACAUGGACUAACCCUGUAAGCCCCAUGGUCACCUUUCUUACUUGACUGUUUUAUAACCUGGGGAUGGGCUCCUAGCCUCAUUUUAUUCCCCGUCUGCUCCUAGACCUCAUGAACGCAGGGCACACCUGUCCCAGUCCAGUUUAUCCAUACUGUGGAUUUAAGACCUGUUUUGAGUGUCACUUUGUAUUCUCCUUUCUGGUUUUUUUUUAGAUGAUUUUAAUGGCUUAUUUGUUAGGCUAUUAAAAAUACUGUCCAUUUCGUUUGGGGAGCUUUUCUCUGAAAGGUCAGGGAAUAAAUGUAACAGGUGAACCAUAUGCUAUUUUUGGGAUACGAUUUGUGGAAAAUUAUUGUCGCUUUGGGAGCUCUUCCGGAAUGGGUUGCACAGGGUGUACCUGCAAGACUCAAAUGGAGCCUCUUUUGGCUGUGAGACAUUCCCUCGCCUCAGCAGAGCGGGGAGCAAGUUUAUCGGGAAUGAACGAAGUGGGCUGAUGUUCUUUCCUGUGGAGAGCACCCUUGGAUGUCCGCAGCCUCAAGGAAGGUGCCACAUUAAUGGGAGAUGUGUACACAAGUGUAAUGCUUGUGAUACUUAUAAACUGUCAGUAGGGGGCGAUGUUGUGCUGUUUACCUAACUACAUUGUGGUCUUGCAUCCAUGGGGAAAUAAACCUGCAUGGAAAACGGACAUGUCUUCUUUCAUUCACUGUGAUAAAGAGGAAGAAAAUGUUUCAUUUCUUGGGCACCAGAGUCUUAGCACAGAAUUUCCCACAGGAAUUGAAAUGUAUAUUUAAUCAUGAGUUUAAAUGUGGUUUAAGUUCCCCUCCCAGCCCUGCCAGCCAUGGGUACUUUGGACUCAAGCGUCUUGGAAGGAGCAGCUCAUCAAAGUGAUACCUGCUGCCUAUCACCUUGAUUUUUAAAGCACCUUUCAAGCCACCAUUUUAGCAUUCUAAAUAGUUUACAUUCUGAAAUUUCUGUAUUUCAAAUAUUUGUGUUAUUUUCUUUCAGCUCUGCCUUGCACAAACAAGCAAGUACAGGGGAAAGGCCGAACAGACGUCUGCAUAAGAAGACCGUCAUUUCAGAAAUACUUUUACGAAGUGUGAGCUGAGCGCGAUCGCCAAAACCUGCUGGACGUGCUGCGAUGACCCCGACGGUGCAGUGAAGAGCGGCGGCGCCCCUUCUGUCCUUCACUGCGGCACUGCCUUGGUCCUGUGGCUCUUGCCACGGUGAGCGGACGGCGGCCUCCUCUGCUCUCUCCCUGGCUAAGGAACAAUGUCCGAUCCCGGCGCUCGUCAAGACGCUGGUCUCAAGCCAGGCCUCCUGGAGAAGGGCGCCAGCCCGGACGACUCGCCGCCUUUGGUCAGUUCGGAAAGGAGGAACAAGAGCGGGAUCAUCAGCGAGCCCUUGAACAAAAGUCUUAAGAAGUCUCGGCCCCUCUCUCACUACUCGACCUUUGGGGGCAGCAGCUCGCUCAGCGAACCUUCGGAGAAGCUGGCUGCCCUGGCCAACGGCCACGAAGCCGCGCUGGAGAAAGGCAACGCUACCUCAAAGCACAAAGGCAUCUCCGGCCUGCUGAGCAAAUCGGACAUUUCUCCCGAAGGACAAAGCAUCUUGCAGCAGUUCGCCCAGUCCACGGAGCUGCUCAAGAGGGUCGUCCAGGAGCACAUUCCUCUGCCCAGUGACCACGGGACGGGCCUCUCCGACAUGGAGGCUGUCUCGGCGGCCGAGGCGAUGAACGGCCCCUCCGACUUCCCUUACCUGGGGGCUUUCCCCAUCAACCCAGGGCUGUUCAUCAUGACGCCCGCCGGGGUCUUUCUGGCCGAGAGCGCGCUCCACAUGGCUGGCCUGGCAGAGUACCCCACGCAGAACGAGCUGGCCUCGGCCAUCAGCUCAGGGAAAAAGAAGCGGAAACGCUGCGGCAUGUGCCCUCCGUGCAGAAGACGGAUAAACUGCGAGCAGUGCAGCAGUUGUAGGAACCGUAAAACUGGGCACCAGAUUUGCAAAUUCCGGAAAUGUGAGGAACUUAAAAAGAAGCCUACGGCUGCACUGGAGAAAGUGAUGCUUCCUUCAGGCGCGGCAUUCCGGUGGUUUCAGUAGGAACGAGAAUCCCAAAGCUCCGUCAGCCAGUGCAUUGCCACUGCUUGCUUGUGUUGUUUCAGGCAAGGAUUUUUUUGGCGGAAAUGAAUGGAUGCGCCCGUGUCUCCUUUAGAACCAAAAAUAUUUUCUCGCAGAUUUCAUUCCUGGUUUUUAUAUAUAUAAAUAUAUAUAUAUAAUUUUUGGCAUAUGUUUAACAUCUUCAAGUGCUAGUAAAGCAAACAUUAACUGCUUCUCAAAUGUUUUUUUAAAAGGAUCCAUAAAGUAUCAAGAGGUCAUAGAGUACGGACAAUCAAUCAAUUUAUUUUCCUGUGUUUUGGUGUUGAUGUUGUUUAUUUGUGGAAAAUGGCAGUUCUUGUGUAGAGAAUGUAAAUUGACAGUAACCUUUUAAAUCUAGUUACUAAUAAGCACUACUGUAAUUAGCACAGCUGUUUACUCAUUCAUUUUUUGUUUGAUUCUUUUCCAUCAUUAAAGAAAAAAUAGUGGCUAGUUUCUAGAAUGCCUCAACUCCAUGUUUAUAAAUGAGAAUAUGUUUAAUAUGAAGUAGUUCCCUUUUCCUUAACCAUACACAUAAGAUAAGGUUUAAUCAGCAAGAUGUUUGGUAUUAAAAAGUGAAUCUGUACUGAAAAACCGGCAGGUCUUUAAAGCAAAAACACAGUAAUAAAUAAGUGUAGAGCAAGAUAAACUGCACAUAGAAUAAAUCCAGAACUAACUGAAAUGAUUCUCCUUUAGAAACCAUUUGAAAAUGUUACUGGGAUUCAGAUAUAAGUGACUACAGAACUUUGUGCUGAAAACAUAGAUGAGUCUUUUUCUUCUGUUCAAAGCCCUCGUCUCCUGCUUUCUCACACUACCACUAACGGAAAGGCUGUUUGUAAUGUUCUAGCAAUUCGGGCUGUUUUGUGAAUAAAAAUCAAAGCAUGGUUUGCGUCA